AUGGAUUUGUAAAAGAGUUUAACAGAUAACAAGUUUUUCGUAGCCGGAUUAGCAUUAGGCUCUGGAUUAAUUACUUCAUUAUUGUUGAAGUAAUUCAAUACUGAAGAAGAAAAAGUUGAAAGAAAGGGAAGCCUUAAAACAGUCAAAAGAAAGGAAGUCAAGAAGCAAAGAACAGUUUUCUUGCAUCAAACUGAUAACACUAUCCCUAAAGAAAUUCUUAAUGCUAGCAACACUCUCAUGGAAGAAGUUAAGAAUCUUGAAAGUAGAACUUGCAAUAUUUUAAAGGUUCCUAACUUGAUCAUUGAAGUCCCUCAAGAUGAAAUUCCAUGCCAUCUAUCUCCCCUUUAUGGUGAAAACAAUUACAGAGAAGUCUUUGGUGGUGGUGGUUUCCUUCCAGACACUGCAUUCGUUUACACUGGCUCAUACGUAUUAUCUGACGCUGUUAUUGGUAAGAACCAGAGCUUAGAUUAAUCUAAGAGAUACGUUCGUGCUGGUCCUAGAAAGCACAAUUACUUUAAUCCUUAAUAGGUUAAGGCUGCCAUCGUAACCUGUGGUGGUUUAUGCCCUGGUUUGAAUGUUGUUAUUAGAGAAAUAUUCAUGUGUUUAUACUUCAAUUACGGUGUAAGAACUAUCUAUGGUAUUAAAUACGGAUAUAAGGGUUUCUACUAAUAUGACUGGUAAGAACUUACUGUCAAGGAUGUUAAGGAAAUAUAAAGACUUGGUGGUACUGUUUUGGGUAGCUCUAGAGGUGGUUUUGAUAAAGAUAAAAUUGUUGAUAAUUUAGUUAAGCAUGGUAUCACUCAUGUUUACUGCUUAGGUGGUGACGGUACUCAUAGAGGUAUUUAAGCUCUUUUUAACGAAGUUAGAAGCAGAAAACUCAAUAUUAGUAUCGUAGGUAUUCCAAAAACUAUUGAUAACGAUAUUCCAAUUAUAGAUAAAUCUUUCGGUUUUGAAACUUCAGUUGAGGAAGCUGUUAAGGCAAUCUAAUCUGCUCAUGUUGAAGCUCACUGUGCUGAAUAUGGUGUUGGUCUUGUCAGACUUAUGGGUAGAUAUGCAGGUUUUAUUGCUAUGGAGGCAACUAAUGCUUCAAGAGAUGCUCAUGUUUGCUUAGUACCUGAAUUCAAGUUUAAUCUUUACGGUGAGGAAGGUGUGUUAGAAUACGUCUAUCAAAGAUUAUUAUCCAAAAGAAAUUGUAUUGUUGUAGUUGCUGAAGGUGCUGGUGAAGCAGUUUUAGAUGCACAAUUUGCUAACACUGGUGAAAAGGAUGCUUCAGGAAAUGCCAAGUUAAAUGACAUUGGUGCUUUCUUAUAGAAGGAAAUUGUAGAUUACGGUAAAAAGAAAGGAAUGGAAGUCACUCUUAAAUACAUUAAUCCCACAUACAUGAUUAGAACUGUACCAGCUAAUGCUUUGGACAGAAAAAUGUGCACAUAACUUGCUUAAAAUGCAGUCCAUGGUGCUAUGGCAGGCUUUACUGGAUUCACUGUUGGUCAUGUUAAUAACCGUUUGUGUUAUAUUCCAUUAGACGAAAUCUGUAAAGAAGGAUCUGGAAGAAGAAUCAAGGCAGAAGAUAGAGCUUGGUAGAGACUUCUUGCAUCUACUGGCUAACCCUCCUUUUUAAAGAAAGAAAAUUGA